AUGUCUGAAAAUCGUGCACUCCAGCGAGCUCAUAUUCUCGCCAAUCACAUCCUUCAAUCAUCUCCUCCACCUUCGAGCAUCUCCCUCACGCGCGAGGUAUGUCUGCAAUACUCACCACCGGAGCUUAACGAGAGCUAUGGAUUCGAAGUCAAGGAGAUGAGGAAAUUGCUCGACGGGCAUAACAUAGAGGAUCGGAAUUGGCUUUAUGGGCUUAUGAUGCAGAGCAAUCUGUUUAAUCAGAAAGAGAGAGGUGGUAAGAUUUUCGUCUCGCCGGAUUACAAUCAGACGAUGGAGCAACAACGAGAGAUCACCAUGAAACGGAUCUGGUACUUGCUCGAUAAAGGGGUUUUCAAAGGAUGGUUAACGGAGACGGGUCCUGAGUCCGAGCUCAGGAAAUUAGCUUUGCUCGAAGUUUGUGGGAUUUAUGAUCACUCCGUAUCCAUUAAACUCGGUGUUCAUUUUUUCUUGUGGGGUAAUGCUGUGAAGUUCUUUGGAACAAGGCGUCACCACGAAAAGUGGCUGAAGAACACCGAAGAUUAUGUUGUCAAGGGAUGUUUUGCAAUGACUGAGUUAGGCCAUGGAAGUAAUGUUCGGGGAAUUGAAACAGUGACUACUUAUGACCCAAGAACUGAGGAGUUUGUGAUUAAUACUCCCUGUGAAUCUGCUCAGAAGUAUUGGAUCGGUGGGGCAGCUAAACAUGCAACCCACACAAUUGUGUUUUCACAGCUUAACAUAAACGGAACCAACCAGGGGGUUCAUGCCUUUAUCGCGCAAAUUAGGGAUCAAGAUGGCAACAUAUGUCCAAACAUCCGCAUUGCCGACUGUGGACACAAAAUUGGUUUAAAUGGUGUUGACAAUGGCCGAAUAUGGUUUGACAAUCGUCGUAUUCCAAGAGAGAAUUUAUUGAACUCAGUUGCUGAUGUUUCGUCUGAUGGAGCGUAUGUGAGCGCAAUUAAAGAUCCUGAUCAGAGAUUUGGAGCAUUCAUGGCUCCUUUGACCUCUGGUCGGGUCACGAUUGCAUCAAGUGCAAUUUAUUCUGCUAAGGUCGGAUUAGCCAUUGCUAUAAGGUACUCACUAUCGAGAAGAGCCUUCUCUAUCACAGCCAAUGGUCCUGAAGUCCUCCUCCUUGAUUAUCCAAGCCAUCAAAGGCGACUACUACCACUCCUAGCAAAGACAUAUGCUAUGAGUUUUGCUGCAAAUGACUUGAAGAUGAUUUACGUGAAGAGGACACCUGAAACCAACAAAGCCAUCCAUGUUGUUUCAAGUGGGCUCAAAGCUGUUCUCACCUGGCACAAUAUGCGAACACUUCAGGAAUGUCGUGAAGCUGUUGGAGGACAAGGUGUGAAAACAGAAAAUCUAGUUGGUCAGUUGAAAGGUGAAUUUGAUGUGCAGACUACAUUUGAGGGUGACAAUAAUGUAUUGAUGCAGCAGGUGAGCAAGGCACUUUUUGCUGAAUAUGUAUCGUGUAAGAAGAGAAACAAACCUUUCAAAGGAUUGGGAUUGGAGCACAUGAACAGUUCUCGUCCUGUAUUGCCAACUCAACUCACAUCUUCUACCCUCAGAUGCAACCAAUUCCAGUCAAAUGUCUUCUGCUUAAGAGAGCGAGAUCUUCUGGAACGAUUUACUUCUGAAGUUGCACAGCUUCAAGGAAGGGGAGAAAGUCGAGAGUCAUCUUUCCUCGUGAAUCAUCAACUUGCUGAAGACUUGGGUAAAGCUUUCACAGAGAAAGCAAUACUCCAAACCAUUUUGGAUGCUGAGGCCAAACUACCUGCUGGCUCAGUGAAGGAUGUGUUAGGUCUUGUGAGAUCAAUGUACGCAUUGAUCUGCUUGGAAGAAGAUCCAUCGUUGCUUAGAUACGGCUACCUCUCUCGGGAUAAUGUUGUAGAUGUGAGGAGAGAAGUGUCUAAGCUGUGUGGAGAGCUUAGACCUCACGCGCUUGCACUCGUGGCUUCAUUCGGGAUUCCAGACGCGUUCUUGAGCCCGAUUGCAUUCAACUGGGUCGAAGCCAACGCUUGGUCUUCAGUUUAG